GUUUAUGGGCAGACAGUAUUACUGUUGAUGAUUACCAAGCAUGUGCACAGGUGGUGUAAUCAAAUAGAAGCCAUUGGGUCCUGGGUCUGCUGGCAAUUUUAUGAGGCACAAGCUGCACUUCCCUGCUUCAUUAAAAGCACUUACUAUUUUCUUCUACAAAUUCCAAAAGUUGGAAAAGUGAAAAUUAUCUUCAUUACUGUCAAGUGUUCUGCAAUCUGCAUUCUUUUCAUGCUUGCAAACCUUAGAUAGCUGAUGCAUCUAUUUGGGCUUGAAACUCACAAUGCAGAUGCUAAAAGCUCACAAAAGAAAGAAUAUGAAAGAGAAGAAAAGAAAAACUCCCAUUAAGUCUAUUAUUACUUAGUUAUAUAGGUAUCUCAAAUUGCUGGCUUUAUUAGCAGAGUUAAGCAGAUGAUCCAGUUUAUCUGAAGAGUAUGCUAAACUGAACUUUCCUCUGUUCUAUUUAUACAACUUUUGUUUGGAAUCAUGUCAUGGCAGAUCUUCUUGAUCGAGGUUGGAGGAGAUCUGGUGCUUUCCUUUAUAAACCCGAGAUGGAAAGGACAUGUUGCCCUUCUUAUACUAUUCGUCUGAAGUCAGAUGACUUUGUUCCUUCAAAAGAGCAACUUCGGGUAUUGAGACGAAUGCAAAGGUUUCUGGAUGGCAUGUUAAAUGUAAAAAAGCCACAUCCAUUAAUGGAUGAGCAAAAUACUUGUAAACAAUCACGUGGCUCCUCCAGUGAAGAAGUUUCAAGCUUAGUGACAAAGAAAUCCUGUUCUGAAAAUUCCGAAGAAAAGAAUAAGGAAGAACAAUUGAUGCAUUAUUUGUCAAACCAAAUUGAUAAUGUUGUUUGUGCAUGUGCUGGAAGUGGUGAGUUUCCUUCGAAUAUUCAACUACCGAAGGCUUCUGUCAAAAAGGUCUCAUUGGCUAAAAGGAAACACAUCGAGGGAUCUGAAAGUCUCCUAUAUACCAGCAGCAUUUCAUUUCAGAUAGUAGCAGCCUUAAGACGGUCUAAAUCAACAGAAAAGGAUGCAAAUGAGUUAGGUUUAUCAGGAGAUGCUGUUGAUCAAAAUGGGCAAUCUUCUGAGCUUUCGCCAAAUACUGUUGCAGAAAAGCUGGCACAUUCUUUAAAUCAGCUUGGAGAAGAUUCUGGUUUCUUAAUCAGGGCUUGCAAUGGCCACCUUAACUUUUAUUCAGUUACUGGAAAACCCUCUUUAGGUGAAGGGUCUACAACUGUAGAUGCAUCUAGAUGUUCUCCCAAAGGCAGUGGUGGAAAAUGCAGUUUUGUGGAAAACAACCUACAUCUUCCACAAAAAAGACGUAGGUUUGAGAUACAUUUGAAAAGGUCAAGUUUUGAUCCAGAGGAAUAUGCUUUGUAUCGGAGAUAUCAAAUUAAAGUGCACAAUGAAAAACCUGAUCAAGUUAAGGAAAGCUCUUACAAAAGUUUUUUGGUUGACACUCCCAUAAUAUUUGUCCCACCAUCCGGUGACAGUACAGUUCCACCUUGUGGAUUUGGUUCUUUCCAUCAACAAUAUGUGAUGGAUGGGAAACUUGUUGCAGUUGGUGUAGUGGAUAUCCUUCCAAGAUGUUUGUCUAGUAAAUAUUUAUUCUGGGAUCCAGACUUUGCCUUCCUAUCACUAGGCAAGUACUCAGCCCUGAAAGAGAUUGAUUGGGUAAAAGAGAACCAGUUACAUUGUCCUAGUCUUCAAUAUUAUUAUCUUGGUUAUUACAUUCACUCCUGCAGAAAGAUGAGAUACAAAGCAGCAUACCAUCCAUCUGAACUUCUCUGUCCUGUUCGCUACCAGUGGGUACCUUUUGCUAUUGCAAAGCCUUUGCUUGACAAAAAGAAGUAUGUAGUCUUGUCAGAUUUUCCCAGUCUACAAAAUGGUGAGUGCUCACCAAAUCAGGUUCCAGAGAAUGUCAUUGAACAACAGCAUCAUGAUCCUAAUCAAGAAAACUCAAGUUUAAUUCUCAGUGAUGAAGAUGAGGAUAUGGCAGAAGCUGAAUUUGACGCCUAUGAUGAUGAUUCAGAGAUAGAAACCACUGAUCUGACAGAUGAUGAAAUAACAGAUGGUGAUGUCAGUAAUACCAUGAUUGAUCUGGAUGGCUUGCGUUUCAGAUUUAGGGAUCUCCAACGAAACAUUGACCCCGAGAAAAAGGAUUUCUUGGAACUUCAGUUGCACAGAUACAAGAGAGUGGUUGGCCCUAAACUCUUGGAGCGCAUGAUUUAUUCACUCAGGUCAAGAACAUUUCCUGAAAUCAAGGUGAUUGCUAAAAGAAGGCACCGCCGAAUGUUAUGUUUAUCUUCUUUCUGGGCUUGUUUUCUUGAUCCACAUUCUAAGUGAGGUACAGAUUCUAAUUCUUGUUUCUUUGCUGUCCAUUAUGUUAUUGGUUUUUUGAUGGGGCUAUACCCUGAAUGAGAUUAGGGUAUAGGGAUUUGAACGGAACUUGUUAUGAGUUGUCUCAAUGAGUCAAUUGAAGUGAAGCCCAAAGAGGGAACAGAUAGGGUGUGCAUAUAUUUUAUCCCAGUAAUUUCAUACCAAUUGAAGGGUCUGUAUGAGUUUAUUAGGCGAUAGCUGCAAUACUGAAUGACAUUUGAAUCUUGUGCAUUUGUGCAUGCGCACGUGCACUUUUACAGGAUUCAUUUGAUCCAGGUCUCUC